UUUGGUCAAGGGUUCCUGGCGUUGUACUUCUUCUCGGGUUGUCAGUUGAGAGAGAAAAAAAAAAAGCACGAUCGACGAUACAGCAAGCUUAAAUACAUAAAUAUUUCCACCCACCUUCAACUUCGUUCAUUAAUAUUACCUACCUACUUAAAUGCGUCGAAUUACUAUGCGAGAAAUCCAUUAACCACGCGGCAAAUCGGACGCCCUAUUUACCCAUUCCUCGAACCUGCCCAUUCCUCGGACUUCUAGGUCUAACGUUGGCAAGGGUCUAUCUAGAGCGUAACCGCCAUAAUUCGGGAUAUCUGUACGCCUGUACUCGUCUCAACAAUUGUGUUACUUGAGUAUCUUCAUAAGCUAGCGGAGGAUCUCGGAAGCUCUUCGACAAUGUGUGAUUAUACCCAGGUGGAAUACUGUUGUCAACAUUUCCGCUUCGUGGUACAAAGAUGGUGCUCAGUAUACGAGAGGACAAACAAGGUCUGCGCGCCCAAUGUGACGCAUCUAGAAGUAAGGCAUGAUGAAUUGUGCUCCGAUUGUCGGCCUCGGUCUCCCCCAGCGUGGGAGCAUAUGAUCAGACGAAGCAAGAGAGCCACGCCUUAUAUCUAAACUGAAGGGCCUAUCAUCUUGACGAUGUUACAGCCAAUUUUUAAUUUUUUUUUUUUUUUACAUGUAUUAUGGGAGCGACGGUUUUAGGAUAUAUCGGGACCAUCCGAUGACGUGUAUCUUUAGGAACGAUGCCGACUCACUAGACUGUGCCAUGGCGCAAACACUGUUCUAUAGGCCUUAGCACUAUUUGCAGAGUACAUUCCCAUGGCGAAGAAAAGGGGCUACUAGAUUUGGAGUUUGGAGUUUGGAGUUCUAGGUACCUAGGGGUUUAUGGUUGGGACGCUGUGUCGGCGAUGGAUACCGGAAAUGCAGUCUUCUAAGAUGACUACUAGAUAGCUUGGAUGAAAGCACCACGGGAUAUGACUUGCCGUCGCAUCAUUAACUAGGUACCUACCUACCUACAUAUACCUCGGUAGGAUAUUAUCAUCACUACUAAGAGAGUCCCGUCAAGAUGGUAGUGGCGGGAUUUUAUUGCUUCCUAUUAACAAAAAAGAAGCCCGAAUUUGAUCUACGCAAGCGUACCUUCCAUGAUUCUAGUAUGGUAACUGGUCUAUUUUGAUAGGGGGCAUACAUAACCCCUGUCUUAUCUUGGCAGAG